CCAGCGGGGCUUUUCACAGGCGACUCUUUAAGGAGGCUGCGCCAAAACCUGCACCUUCUUAAGAGCCCUGGGCGUAAUUUGCUUCUUCGGACGCCAACCUUCGGCCACAAGUCCAGAGCCUUUGGGUUGAAGAGCUUGUCUUUGGCUGCGGCAGCUGGCGGUCAAGCUCCCGACGGUGUCUCUGCUGCCGCUGAAGAUGGAACAGAUGCCCCGCGAAAGCCAUCAGGAGCGUGCUCCUUCGCACAUGGUGACCACAACCAGCAGCUCCUUUGCAACGUCCAGAUCCAGCACGCUCGCAUACGACAAAGAAUUUCUGAAGACGAUUCCUGGAAUCCUCAUGAUGGUUGAGAUAGUAUUAGGCUUCCUAGUGUGGAUGUUGAUUGCUGGAACCGACUAUUUCCUGUAUCCUGUCUUUGGAUGGAUAAUGUUUGUGGCUGUGUUUUACUGGAUUCUUACACUCUUUUUUUUGAUCAUUUUUUUGACAAUGACUUAUACGAGGAUACCUCAAGUGCCAUGGACCAUAGUCGGUCUGUAUUUUAAUGGGAGUGCCCUUCUCUUGUACUUAAUUGCUGCUAUUUCAGAGGCAAAUGCAGUCACCAAAGAACUUGACCACCACAAUUACAAUAGUUGGGCAGCAUCUUCGUUCUUUGCCUUCGUUGUUGCUUCCUGCUAUGGUGGAAAUACCUACUUUAGUUUUCUAUCUUGGAGAUCACAGACCUUGCAAUAAGUAUUAUCUUCUAAUAAAACAGCGCAGUGUGUAAAUGUAUAUAAUUUUGAUGAAAAUAUUUACGUAAUAUGGUUUUCACUCAAAAGUAAAAACAAUUUUUUUUUUUUACAAAUUAUGGAAAGGAUAGUUCACCUGACAGAAAAGGUUCUACACACUGUUCUCUUAUUUACGUCAUUUGAAUUAAUCGUGACUUAGGUCAGUUACCACAAACAGGAAGCAGAAGGAAGAAUUGAUGAUAUAGGAGGGAAGAGAAGAAAGCAUGGAAGCGGUUCAAUGUUGUUUGCACUGGGGGCACUUCCAUACACUAUUGUGCUCCUUUAAAAGCUGCUCCAGAUCUCAGGAUUCUUGUCAAUAGUGUUAGAGCAUUGUACAAUCAGAGGCACUAUCUGAUGGAAUUGAUUUAAAAUCUGAAAACGUUUGUAACAUGAAAAGCAUGUAUUCUCAGAUAAAAUACUGUAACUAGAACAUGUUACUCUUUGUAUCAAUUCAUAUUAUUUCCUUGUAUAUUGUUGUUGUAACAAAAUCUGUGGACUUCACAGUUGUUUUCUUCAUAAAUGUUUUUGUUUAAGCAUGCACUUAUUUAUUAGAAAAAUCUAUUAUUUUGUAGAACCAUCUAUUUUUUGCAAAUGUGUAUAUCCUUUCAAGGCUGUAGAUCUAUUACAGUUAUAGAUGGGAAUGGUUAAUAAUUCAUUUGGGUACAUACACUUAGGGAAGCAACUGAAUAAAAAUGCAUUACUAUAAUAAUCUUGCAAAAGUCUGUAGUAUGAUUGCUCUUAAAAUACUGUCCAUUCUAAUAACUGGACCUCACUUUAGAUCUGGAAAAGAUACAGAAAAAAAGAAUUAAAAUGAUCAGGGACAUGAAUAAUUUCAUUUAAAAAUUUUUUUAAUCAUUUUUCUUAAAUGAUAAGAAUGUGGUACAUGAUUCAAUACUGAAAAAGCAGGUAAUAAUUUUUCUGUUUCCUACAAUGCUAGAACUGAAGAGUUAUUAUUUUAUGACUCUGAAUGGUAUAAGAUUUGGGGCUGAUAAAUAGGAGACACUGUUCCAAAGAGCAUAGAGCUUAACUCUGGAAUAGUCCUGAAGGAUGUGAAGAUGAAGACCUUAAACCACUGUAUAAGGAAUGAAACAAAUUCAAAAAGGACUGAGGUGCCCAUUAGCCCAGGUGCUGCUGGGCAUUCCUCGGAAAACUAGUUGCUGAGAAAUAUCAGUGAAAAAAUUAAUAAACCACUAUAAUUUGUGGUUUCUUUAAUCAGAACUCUAUACUUUAGAUUUAAUAUUGGUUACAACAUUAGUGAAAAGAUGGCUCCAUUUUGAGAUCCACCUAUGUAGUGCAGUGAUUUUAAAAUGCCUGGAAGAUCAGGAAUCAACCACUACCAACCCUAGCUGAUUUUGGUUCAUCUCUUAGGGUUACUGUUAUGGAAAAACGUGUAAAUUGAACUUGUGUGGGGAAGUUUUGAUAUGAACAAAAACAUGAAUAGUGUAAAAAGUUUUAAAAUGUCAUUGUGCAUCCCCACUUCCCAAGGUUCUUUACCAUGUUGUAUAAAAAUUAUUUGCUGCUGAACUACCUUCCCUUAAAAGCAGAAAUCUUAUAUAUAUAGGCUUAGGUUCUUGGAGCUUUUUACAUGCAAUCAUCUUAAGAUAGAGAAACAAAUAUAUACAUUCUCUGAGGAACUGAACAAACACAAUUCCACAUCAGUGGAACACAAUUUGACCACUUAACAUUGUCAAAAGUCAGCAUUAAUAUUCCAAAGUUACUGCAACAGAAGCUAUGACUAGGGGAAGGGGGAACAAAAAAAUUAUAAUCUUAGAGAAAGUUUUGAAUAUGAGUGUUUGCUUUCAGCAAUAACAGUUUUCAAAAAAAAUAAUGAUGUACUCAUCCAUAUUAAGCACAAAAUGGUCACUUUUCUUACAUAUUUCUGGCAUAUUUAUUUAAUAUAGAAUGCUUAUAAUUUGCCAGUUUAGUGUAAUGAUUAAGGAGUUCCGCUGGAAACCAGGAGACUGAGUUCUAAUCCCAGUUUAUGCAUGAAAACCAGCUGGGUGAUUUUGGGUCAGUUAAUCUCCCUCAUCCCAACCCAUGUCACAGGGUUAUUGAUGUGGGGUAAAUGGCAAGAGGAAAGAAGCAUUAUAUGUUUACCCCCCUCAUGUUACAAGUAAAAUAAAAAGUAGUCAAUUAAAAAAUCUUUAAAAAUAGAAAAAUCUUGUCAAUCUUUUGAUUGGUGAAUAGCACAACACAAGCACAUACACACAAACACAUAGAGGUAAUCAAUCCAUAAUUGCAUAUUACAAAAACAAAUUCCUACAAUGUGCUUUAAUUUUGCAUUGGGUAGAUUUUACUUGCUCCUGAAAAUGCAAUAAAAACUAUCCAUAGGUUGGGGAACAUCAUGCUAUCCCAUUGUUGAUGUCCAGUAUACCUCUCAUGGGUGAAUCUUUAACAAAUCCUUUCUGGAUGUCUGAAAUUGGAUGAGAAGUUUUCAUUUCGGCAAGCUGUAGCUGUUGAUUCCUGUUGUAUCCAGAGUUCUAUAGAUCUCUGAUUAACCUGACUUCAUGUCUCAAAUAGCCAGCAGGCCAGUUCAUCCAGAUUACAUAAAGUCUAUGAUGUACAUGAAAAAUUUAAUUCUCACAGUUUAAGAUCAACAGGCUAUAUUUUUUAAGUAGGGCCAGUUUCACAACCAGGACUUACCCCAGAAUACUACAUUGAGUAUUUUGUGGGAUACUUAAUUUAUAACCUAUAUAAACUUUACCAUACCUGUGGUUAAGUUUUUUAUAAUGGAAAUGUUCUUUAAUUUUAUGAACAUUAAAGUAGUAGAAUAAUUGGAUAACCUCACUAAAGCAUCAUAAUUUUUAAAAUGAAGGACUAAUGCAGUACCAUCUGAAAACCUAGUGUAAAAAGAAACUAACCAAUUUUCUCAUUGGUUUUGUCAUCUUCAAACAAAUUCAGAAUCCCAUGAAUUUGGAAUUUCUUCCCUAUUUUUCCCCUAAGAAUUUCAGUGUUAGUGUGACAAUUAUGACAAUAUACAAUUAAAUACUUUACAAUUUAGCCUGAAGCUGGAUUAGUCAGAUUCUUCAAUUUAACCCAGCCAUUGACAUUUUUAUAUAUAAAAAUGCAGAGUGCAUCACAUAUAUUAUCUCUAAGCAACUUGAAGGAACAAUUGGAUUAAAAUAUAUGUGAAAUUAAUUACAUUAAAUUGUCUACAAGUAGCAAAAUCAUUUAGGCUAAAGUAAGCUCAUAUGAGUUAUAGUCAACAGAUCAUAGUAUCUAGCUAACUAUGUCUGAAUAGAGAAUCCAACCAAGAUAUUUCUGAUUAUUAGAUAAUAGAACACGAGACUGUCAGAGAAUGCCAAGGUUUCUGGCUAUGGGAAAUUGAAAAAUACUUUGGAAGGUGAUUGUGGCAAAUUUUACAGAAUAUAUAUGGUAUUUCUGAGAAAACUGCAUUGGUGUGUCCAUAAAGUCACCAGUAGUCAAGCUUGAUUAUCAGUCUUUAUGUCAUGCAGAAUGCUCUCAAAUCAGAGUUAAUUACCAGUUAGCAAUUCUUUUAUUUAAUCCUUAUAGUUGGGGUAAGGCUCUAUAAUUUUGGGACACCUUGAGAAAUUCAUUUCCUGAAUUCUCACUUUUAGUUUUAGCUAUGUUGGCAUUCUGAAGCUUCUUUCAGAUGCCAAUACAAUGUGGUGAAUCUCAGUAAGAGAGCAUUGCCAUUGGAUAUGGAGUCCUGUGACAGUAAAAUGGGUGGGUGAAUAAAUUUAAUAAAUAAAUAAUCCAUGCAGUUGACCAUACAUGUUCAUUGCCCUACCUUUCUGCAGACUAGCCACUUCCAAAAGUAUGACUGCUAUUCCCAGAGUUUGCUGCCAUUAUGUUCUUUAUAACUGGAAAAUCCAGAGCUGGAUAAGGUCUAAUUCACAGUCUAUGGGAUCAGGCCAAGGAUCUGCUUCAACAUCGGGUCCUAAUUAUAUAAUAAAUCUACUCUUUUAAUUUAUACUGACUUUUCUUUUAAAAUAAAGUGUACUGUUUGAAGUCACUUCUAGAUUUCUUUGCUUUUGAUUUCUAUUUGUACUUAUAUUAAGAACUUCUAUAAGGUAUUUAGGAGAAAGUUCCCUUUUAACAUUUGCAUUAUGAUUAACUUUUAUAUGAGCUAUUCUGGUUUAUUUGUCUCAACAGGCUUAAAGAUACUCUAAUCAGUCUUAAACUUGCAGAAUGCCUAUAAAAACUUGCAACUCUAACCAGCUGUUUCUUUUGCUCUUCCAUUGUUUUGCUUUCUAUGAUCAUGACGAAUUCUAAAAAUACCUUUUAAUAUCUUAUUUGCCUAAUGAUGUAGCUCUUGUUUUUAUUUUCCCCAUUAUACUCUAAGACGACCAUUUUGCAAAAUAAUUACCCAUCCUCUUUCGAAAAACUUUCGCAGCAGCAGCUCCGAAGCAUUUCACCACUUCUUCCCUCGCCACCAAUUUAAUAGACUUCCUGUUUAUCAUAUAUGUGUGCAGAGAGAGGAGGGAGUCCUUUUCUUCCAUCUGCCACCUCCUUCCUGUUUUACCUUCUCUCCCUCUUCGCGCGUCGAGCACCGACGCAGCACUGGGUUAAGCGCUCCAGAAGCCCGCUCCCCGACAUGAUUCCCUUCCCCAAAACCAGUAUCUCCCCCCUACCACUUUACUCCCAUGGCUUUAGUGGGGCGCUUGGC